UGGUACAAGGCGGUAUGCAACUCCUAAGGAAUGUUACAGUGUUUUUGGCGACUGUAAGAAGCUCAAAGCCUUCCCUAAGCUGUUCUGUUACGUGAGGAAGAUUUUAGUACACAGCUGCUUACUCUCCUCUGGAAGGGUUGCCUUAUUUUGCAGACAUCACUGUCUGAUCAGCAUUUGCCCAGCAAUUUGUUUUAUUGUGCUGCGUUUCUUUUUGGUAACUUAAUUUCCAUGCCAGCAUUUGAAAUUUCUUCUCCUUAAUUUGUGUGGUGUUUGUUGGGCAGGAUCUGUAUGUGCUGCUGUUAGCAAAUGUUUGACUUUUUUUCCCCUCAAAACUGUGUUUGCAUGUCUUGCAAAGUAGAGCAUCAUUGUCAACCAGUUGUGUGUGGAACAAAGCUCAGAAUCCAAAUAUAGCAACUGUUCUUCAAAGUGCAUGUGAAAAUUUGCUAGCAGUCUUGAACUGGUGUUUAAAACGUUGUGCUCCGAAAUACUGCUGAAGUUCUUGUGUGCUGCUUUUUCAAGGGACGGAUGAAUUCGUUGUGAAACAGAGGAGGAAAACAGAAGGUGGUUUCAUGCUUUUUGAACCUUAAGAUGUAAUGAACAGUCCACAUUAGUAAUAAUGUGCCUUACCCAUUUAUAGUGAAGUACAUGAAGGCGGCAAGGUGUGCUUCUUGAUGUAAUGGAUCUUCCCAAAAGCAUCUGGAGAAUACUUGUUAGUUGGCAAGGCAAAGCUACUGUGGAAUAAAUGCAUCAUUCAUGCUCCUCCAAAAUCUCAUUGUACAGUGGAUACCUAAAAGAAAACGUCAGCACGUCCUUUCAUUUGAUCAGCCAUAAUAAUAAACAGGCAUUUAGAGAGGCAAGUGUUUGUUUCACAUCAUUACUUUUAAAUAUAUGGUGAGUUUGUGGGAAUGUAUUUCUUAUGUAGUAUCUUUUGGGGCCAUAAUUCAGGGCUUACCACUUAUUACAGUCCUCUUCCCCUAUUUUUUGGUGCAAGAGGAAGGUGGAGCAGCUUGCCUGGUAGUGGUCCUGUGGCACAGGCAGGAUGUCUGACCACUGUUUGCUUUUAUUAUGGCCUCUGCUUUUUGGAAAUGCAGCCAUUGUGACCCCUGGAGUGGCUGUUCUCAGCUGCUAGGAAAGGAGGAUUUCAGCUUAUUCUGUAUGUGUUACUGUAACAAAUCUUUUUUUCUUCAGAAGACCUGUCCUGGUGCUGGAGUUAUUCCCUCAAACUGUAUUAUGUUUUAUCAGUUGCCUUAAAAAUAACUUUAAAAGUACAGAAGAACGGAUUUUGUUGUCGGUCAUCAGCUUCCAUAGGACCGAAUGCUCCAUUCAGUGUUUCAAACAGCAGUUUUCUACGUUACUUUGCUGUUAAUGGGUUUUAGGUUUUGGAAUGCAAAUUUGCCACCAUAGAGAACUGUAAACCAAGAGUAUGGAAGUUGUGAUACUGAGAUUCUAGGUUAAUCAGAGCGAUUGGUCCGAAGGUGAAAUGUAUAUGUGUGGUUAAUUAAGUCAGUACUAUUAAAGACAAAAGUCUGUGUUAAAUCCUUGUUGCAUUCACCAAAAUAUCAGACAAAUUUCUGGUAACCCUAACCCCUGACUAUUCUGGCCUUCUGUUUCUUCACAUUUGUUGUUUGCUGGAUGGAAGCCUCAAGAAUUCCAGAUCAUCUGGGUGCUGUGGGGCACUUGGAGCCAUGGGACCCUCCGCUGCUGAUAGAUGUUGAGAAUAACGCCUUGCCGCAGCCAUCGCCAUUUCAGGAUUCGUGGAAAUGACUGCACUCAUUUUGAGUCUUAUCAGACUUCUGUCUCAUGUAAAUCUUUUUUUCUUUGUGAAGAUUCACAGAUGAAAUUUAUGAUCUUUUAUGGCAGAAUUGACCUGUAAUGAUGGAUUUGUUACAGUCUUACCUGACAGUAUUCCAAACAGCUGUGUCCUUACAGUCAGCGUCAAAUGUACGAGUCAUUGCAUUCAUGGCAAAGGUCUGCUAAGUGAGGGCGAUAUUUUCACUCCUUAAGUGCUGUAACUUGAAGUAUUGAAAUAAUGUGAAGUGAAAAUAUAUAGUUGUCAUGUUUCUGGUUAGCGAUGGUUUUAAUAUUGCCAUCCAUUGACUACAAUAAGUAUUUGCUCCCUUGAGUUGUCAUUCAAAUUACCUAUUAAACACUUGAGUGUUUAAAGCCUUUGUCACCUGGGUUAGUAGUGUAAUGGUUAUGAUUUUUAGAGUGGGGUGCUCGGAACAGUGUCGUGCUUUGGAAGCUCCUCAUUUGUUUUCAAUCUGCUAAAAUAAUGAUAAUAAAAUCGAAACUGCUCGUGUUCCUCGAAAUAGCAACUAUUUCUUCCUAGCGCUUCAAAACCACAUUUUUAUCUGUUAGGAAUUUUUGCACUAUUCAGCAUAACAAUGUUAAUUAUUAAUCUCUAAUGUUUUACUGUAUUUAUGAUUUGAUGAUUCUGUAAUAUCUGUAUAAUGAUCGGUAUUAAAUCGGAUGCCAACAAACACAUGCACCCCUUUGCUUGACAGAUGCACAUAUCACAUCCCCUGCUCUGAUAAGCCUGCAGCCGAAGACAUGGAAACAGUGGAGAGUGAAGGAAUUCAUACAAUUGAAAUGUACACAACUCUGUAUGCCAUUCAGAACUGCUUGGUUCUCUGUCUGCAGAAAACUGAAGGCUGAUCAAUCGUUCACUCGGUUUUCAUACGCUUGCAGUGGAAAUUACAUUACCCAGAUAUACAGAUAACAGGUUAUUUCUUCCUAGUCUGGAGUGUUUUAGUGUGGUUUUUACUGUGAGUUGUAGUGUAGCUGCUUUUGUGUGUAAUAGUUGGGAUCUGUUUGAUAUCUGGGCUAUUUAAAGACAAGUGGUAGAAUUAUGAGGGGUUCUAAAUUCAUGCUAUAUUGCUAAUGCUGUUUGGAGAGCAGCAGCAAUGAGUGGAAAACCUGGGGACUGGCCACAGCAUGGAUUCUCUGCUCUCAUGCUGGGGAAUUUUAUUUUCCAGCACUGAGAAAUGUACUUCACUGUUGCCUGUGACCAGGCUAAAAUCUAAGCCAUGAAAGCUCUUGGUUAAGCAGGGAUAUCCUUGGGUGAUAUUUGGAGAUGAGCACUGGUGGUAGUACAAUCUUCAUGCACGUUUGACGGGGCUGAUACUAUACCCUCCAAGGUAUUUUACAGGGGAAAGAUGAAGGCUCACAUUCAGCAUUGAUGUGUUAACUGUGCUCCCCUGCGCACACAGUGACAGCCGAAACACGUAGGUUUGGGGUCCAAUUCUGGUGGGGUCUUUAAGCAAUGUGUAUCUCUAGCACAGAAACUUCUGGUACAGAAUGCUUUUACAGCCCCACUGAUCAUCUGUAGUUGCUGCCUUCCUCUAAAUGUUCUGAAAAUAACUAUUUUUCUGUAUUCAGGAGGAGUAUGUCUUCAGGUUUCUUUGUGGAAACAGUAUGAAUGCAUGUAUAAUACUGUAUAAUACACACAUACCAGCUUGAUUUAACACAACUAGAAAGUGACAUCAUUUAAGCCACCGUAUCUCAGAAGUAAAGGACUUGAUUAAGAGCUCUCAUCCUUUCCAAGUCAUUAACUGACAACCAGGAACUAUUUAUGCUUCAUCACUAUUUCAGAUGAAGCUUUUCCAAACUGACCCACGUGCCAGCAGCUGGUGAGCAGCAGCAGCCUUCUGCUCUCCUUGCUUUGUAACCAAAAAACAAACCCUGGAGCUGGCAAACAUGCAGCACAUAACAGGUUUCUAUUUACAGUAAAUACGUGACCUGCAACAAACCUUCUGUUUUCGACGGCCAACCUGCAAACUUCCUGAUGUACAAAACUGAAAUUGGAGCAAGUCAAGUAGGAAAGAUUUUGUUUUCAUCCUAUUUUUUACUGUGAAUGAUACAGCAAUGUAGUUUUUUAAUUUAUUUUUUAUUCUGUGAUUAUAGUAUCGGGUCAAGAUCUCCAGACAGCUCAAAGCACAGCAUGUGAUCAUAUCUUUAAAACAAUCAAGGCCCCUAUCACUUAAACUUCACUGUCUUCUGAAUGUUCUGUGAGGAACAGGUGGAAUAGUCUUGUUACAGUGAGCCACUUUAAGGUUUCUCUGCUUUGAGGGACUUCACCAGUGAGCUCCAGCUCAGACAAGUUCUCUUUGCAUUGGAGGUGUUGGGGCUGUGUAUAGGCACAGCAAACCAACCUCAAACGCAAACAAGUCCAGCACUACGUCACAGCUGCUCCAUUCUUGUGGGGCUUUUCUUUCAGUCUCAAGGUGACUGGUCAUUGGCUCACAUUGUUCUUGGUAUCUCAAAGGUGUUGGAGGCCACAUCAUGGCAUCACUUUUUUCCUAUAGGAGACACAUGGAUGAUGGCGAAGAGGAAAUGUUGAUGGCAGGAGAUCACAGCCCUGAUCUGAUUCAUCCUCAGGAUUUUAGGAGGCAAUGUGGCAUCAGCAGAAGUAGUUUAGCCUGUGAUGACUGCGGAGAGAGACAAGAGCCAGUAUCCCAUGAAAGUUUGGAUUAUUUGCCUUCACACAGUGGAGUUUAUAAGAAGUGGCUACAAGAGAAAACAUAUGGAAAAGAGUGGGAUCGGUGGCUGCUGAUGGGGCUAAUUGGAACAGCAGUUGGGAUGCUGGGGUUUUUGACUCAUCAGAUAGUUGAUUCUCUCAUCAAAUUGAAAUGGGACCUGAUGGAAAGUUACCUGAAGGAUGGCAACUUCCACCUGGUGUGGGUGUGUGUGCUGGGCUCCGGGCUGGCCAUGGUCCUCGUGUCCUCAAGCUUGGUGCUGUUCUUUUGCCCAGCUGGUUCACCAUCUGGCUUGCCUGAAAUCAUUGGAUAUUUGAAUGGCACUUCUAUUCAACAUCUUUUUAACAUCAAAACAUUCCUAGGGACCUUUGUCUCAUGCGUGCUGGCUGUAGCCUCUGGGCUCUUCUGUGGGCUGGAAGGUCCCAUGGUCCAUUUGGGGGCUAUCCUGGGUUGUGGCUUGAGCCAGCUGCAGUCAGACACGCUUGGCAUCCACCUUCCCUUCUUCACCAGAUUUCGGAAUUCAGCUGACAAGCGCAGCUUCAUUACAGCUGGUGCGGGAGCAGGAAUAGCUUCAGUAUUUCGUGCCCCCAUUGGCGGGCUCUUGUUCACGCUGGAGGAGGUGUCUUCGUUCUGGGACAUCAGGCUGGCCUGGCAAACCUUCUUUUGCUGCUUGACAGCUACCUUCACCACGGAUUUGCUGUCCUCGUCACUCUAUGGCUUUGUUUACAGAGGUCACUUCGGAUUUUUUGAAGCAGAGAAAAGAAUUCUGUUUUGGGUUAAGAAUUUGCUGGACAUGCAUGUCUUGGCCUUCAUUCCAGCCAUCCUACUUGGAAUGCUUGGAGGUCUUCUGGGAGCUCUCUUUGUUUCCCUAAAUAUAAAAAUUAAUAAGUUACGUAUGCAGUUCUUUAAUUCAAUUCCAAAAUCAUCCCUUAGCAAAACAAGCAAGCUGCUGGAAACUGUGCUUAUUUUGGUAUGUACUACGACUGUAACAGUAUAUUUGCCGUAUUUCUUUCCCUGCACUCCUGUCAUGAAUGCCAGAAACUACCAGCUGAGAAACAGCUCAGAAAUCAUACAUCAAUUCAAGAGGGAGAUUUCAGAAUACAGAUGUUCACCAAACUCAUCAUGGAUUGGUCCAGAUGGAGUCAGAUAUUCUAAUCAAACCUUCAAUCAGGCUGCUGCUCUUCUGAUUGAAAAUGGUAAGCGAGGGAUCGCGUAUCUUUUUAAACGUGGGACUCAUGAGGAAUUUGGAUACACAUCUCUCUGCACUGCUUUGGCAUUUUACUUCAUCCUCAGCUGCUGGACUGCAGGUUCUGCUGUUGCCAGUGGCCUGGUUAUCCCGAUGCUGUACAUAGGAGCUUUGUAUGGCAGGAUAAUUGGUUUGAUCCUUGUUUCCAUUUUUGGUGUUCAAACUAAUGAAUACGGAGCAUGGAUUGAUCCGGGUCUCUUUGCUGCCAUUGGAGCUGCCUCCUUUUUUAGUGGUGUGUCAAGACUAACCAUUUCCCUCACUGUUAUCAUGGUAGAAAUCACAAAUGAUGUCCAGUCCUUGCUACUGAUAAUGCUGGCUGUCAUGGUGGCCAAGAUGGUUGGUGAUUUUUUUAACGCAUCCCUGUACAGCUCCCUCCUGAGGCUGAAAUGCAUUCCUUACUUGGAUGUGGAACCUUUUGUUCAUCACAGGAGAGAAUGGCUGAACCUGGAAUUGUUCUCUGCCAGGGAUGUUAUGGAGCCUCACGUGAGAGUCCUUCACCUGAAGGAAAACAUUGCCUCCUUGGCUUGGCUUCUUGCAAACACAAGCCAUGGUGGAUUCCCUGUGGUUGGGAGGUCGAAGCCAGAGCAUGCGCAGGUGUUUCAGGGAACCAUUAAAAGGUUAGAACUUUGCAUGCUGCUGGAGAAUGAGCACAUCUUUGAACCAGAGACAAACAACGAAUCUUUCUCCUUCUCACAUCCUCUACCCUAUGAAAAGAUAACAGUGGAGAAGCUGCCCAAGCCAUCGCGCCUAGCCAUGCUGCUGAAUCGCUAUACUACAGAUCCCCGGUAUCAGCAACUCUUCAUCAAUCUGGAGCCAUACAUAAACAAAUCAGCCAUGUCAGUCCAAGCCCAUUUCUCGCUGCAACGCACGUAUAUCAUCUUUCGCACCCUGGGGCUGCGCCACCUCACUGUGGUUGAUCUGCAGAAUCAAGUGGUUGGUGUGAUCACCAGGAAGGACCUGAUGCCUCUCCCCUUGGAGGAGAGGCUCAGGCUCCAGCUGUCUCCACAGAGCCCCAGUGCAGGAGAAUAGCCUCUGGAUUUAAGGCUGUGGAUAGUGGAUUUAAGGCUAUGGAUGCAUUCUUAGGAUUUGUCGCUUCUUUCUGAGCUCAUGCUUCUUCAGCAGAAAAUAAUCAGAGCUUUUCCACUUGAUACUUAAAAGCUGCUGUAUCUAGGCAUGUGGGGUUGUAGCCUAGAGCUACGUCUAUACAGCUUUUUCGUGAUUGCAAAAUCCAUUGACUUAAAUGCUUGUGAGGCAGAAUAGGAAUUCAUGUAUUUACAAAAGAUACGUAUAAAAUCAGAUCUGCAGGAUGGAUGUUAAGGAGUCUUUUGUCACACUGUGCCUGUGCCUAUGCCUCCCAAUGAAAAAAUGUCAUGAUCCCCAGCAGCAAAGUUAUGCUGGCAAAACCUUAGAGCUAGGACUAAAUUUUCAACCAGUGAACAUCUGCUUCCAAACCAGCAUUUUUAUGUAGAACCGUGUAAGUUUAAUUGAAAGGAAACACUGCCUUGAGAGAAGCGGCCCAUUGAAAGAAAAAGGGGUUGGACUUUCUUAUUGGCCUAUGUGUUACUGCAAUCCAAAGGGAGAAUUGAAAGUGAAUGAAAAACCUGACAUGCCUUUCUGUUGCUUACAGUUCUUUAAUUUCUGUGACUGCUAGAAUCAGCUCUCUUUCUCUCCUUUUUCCUGAUAAGAGAACAUUUUUAGUUCAGGUCAUGUGUAGGGAGGUAUGUAACAAAUUCUCAUAAUGGGGAUGUAGCAUGAUAAAUUGUCAGAGUAGUUUCUGAUAGCAGCAAAUUUAGAAACUGGAAAAAAAAAGUAAAUAAUUCUUCAUGAUUUUGUAGCCAUGCAAAGUUUGAAAGUUUGGAAAGCGUUGGUUGUUAAUAGAUUAAUGUGAACAAUUUUUUGGACGAAGACACUGUUAGAACUCCUUCUAUGACUUCAUAACUGAUGCUUAAUUUUAUUCUGUUAAAUACCAGAGGGAUUCACACAGCUUUCAGUAUCAUAACCUAGUAUGCACAAAGGAAUUCACCACUAUUAAUGUUGUUAUAAUGAAUAUCAAGAAAAACCAGUAAUAAUUUACUGGUUCUAAAAAGUUGCCAAAUUCCUGAAAAUGAAUUUCUGGUAUUUGAAUCAUGCAGCUUUGAGUCUCUUAUGAAUCAAAGAUUUGUUGGAUUUUCUCCUAUUUUCCCUGCUGGAUCUUGUCAUAAUUAACAAUGUUGCUUUUGUAGCACCAUGGAGAAUGAGCAGUUCUUAAAAACUCAAGUGUCCAAGUCAAUGCAAAUAGCUGGCAGACCAGAAAUGUGUGCAGGUACAUGACAGAGGCUCUUUAAAGGGUCAGUUAAAACAUGUCAUACACAGGAUGAGAGAUGCCUUGUCAGUCACCCACCCAAGAGGCACAGAGCUGGAUGUGUAUUCAGAUCAUGUUACUUUUAGUAGUAUUUUGUUCAUUAGCAUUUUAGCAAAGUUGUUGUCACUGUCAGCCUAUGCCUCAGCUACCCAAAGAAUGCAAAAAAAAUUACUGAAGUGAUUAGGCCCGAUGAGUCCAGAGUUUUACUGGCUAUUAUGUGCUAGCAGAACAGGAGAUCUAAUCUGAAGAGAUUUAGGGAUUUCCCCUGAAUUCAGCAAAAAUCAACUUUUCUUGUGAUAAUCAAAUCUGAAUAACCUCGCUGUGAA